AUGGCAACAACACAACAACCUGAAGCUACAGAACAUCAACAUUUUGGAGUAGUUGAAAUUAAAGAUUUAGAAAAUCAUAAAUUUAUAAAACCAGUAAAAGUUGUAACAAAUGAAGAUGAUAUUAAAAAGUUUUUACGUUCAGGUGCAUGUAGAGAUUUAUUAGAAUAUAUUCAAACAUUAAGUGAUAAAAUUAAAUCAAAACCAAAUUCAACUAAAACUCAAAAUUCAAAUGAAAUUAAAAAUAUAGUAUCAAUGUUAAAUGAAAUUAGUGUAUAUAUUGAUAAUAUACCACCAUUAGCACAACCAAUGAGAUAUGGUAAUAAAGCAUAUCGUACAUUUUAUCAAAAAUUAUUAGACAAUGUUGAAGAAUUACAUAAACAUUUAUUACCACAAUCAAUGCAUUCAUCAAUUAUUGAAUUAUCAUCAUAUUUAAUGGACGCAAUGGGAAAUCAAACUCGUUUAGAUUAUGGCACAGGCCAUGAACUACAUUUUGUUGUUUGGACUUACUGUUUGAGAAGAAUUGGUUUUUUAAAAUCAACAGAUGAGGAAGACAUCGUAUUGAAUGUGUUCACUACAUAUUUGGAUUUAGUUAGAAAGUUACAAAGAGUUUAUGGAUUGGAACCAGCUGGCACUCAUGGUGUUUGGAGUUUAGAUGAUUAUCAAUUCAUUCCUUUCAUUUGGGGUGCUUCGCAAUUAAUUGGGAAUCCAUUCGAUAUUAAACCUGCAAGUGUUACAAUUGAAAAAGUGGUCGAUCAAUAUUAUAAAGAAUAUCUUUACAUUGCUUGUAUUAAAUAUAUUAACACCGUUAAAAAAGGUCCAUUUCACGAACAUUCUCGUGACCUUUUCAAUAUAAGUGGUGCUGCAUCUUGGCAAAAAAUUAAUACCGGUAUGAUGAAAAAGUUCUAUGACGAUGUUUUAUCAAAGGUACCAAUCAUUCAACAUUUUUUAUUUGGUUCUUUAAUUUCUUUUUCUGUUUAA